ACUUGUAUGGGCGGACAGGAGGACGGAGGCCACGAGGGCUGUGUCCCUGGAUUUCAGGUCAAACACUACCAGGUGGUGCACUCCGGACCCUUCCACAAAGGCCAGUCGCUGCUACAAGUGGAGUUUGACGACUGUGAGGGGAACGAGGAUGUGACGUUCCAAGUGUCAGAGCCCAGUUUUGUGGUGGAUGAGGACCUAAACGUGCUCCCGGUCAGAGAUGUCCCUCACACUGGGCCUGUGAUGUUCAUCCAUGGAGUGAGUGCACAUGCAGACGACACAGCACAAGUGGACAUCAUUGGACCGCCCAUUGAACUGCCACACACACUCAGGGAUAUCCUGGGUGUGGGACAGACUCAGCCUUACAGAGCUAAGAGGUCUUUACUGGUUCCUCCGAUGAUUGUAACAGAGAAUCAGCGGCCUCCAUUCCCCAGGACCAUUGGCAGGUCACAUGUGAUUUCCAUGGAGAGGGCGGGCAGCCACAUCUUCCAGCUGACAGGGCCGGGUGCUGACCGCGACCCCAGAGGUCUCUUCACUAUUGACAUCCACACAGGAGACGUGUCUGUCAGCCGCUCACUGGACCGCGAGGCCAUAGACUCCUACCAGUUGGAGGUUUCGACCACAGACUUUGCGGGGAACCUGGUGGAAGGGCCGACCAUCCUGGUGAUCACUGUCAUCGACCAGAACGACAACAGACCCAUCUUCAGAGAGACGCGGUACACAGGAGAGGUGCUCGAGGGCUCCCCUACAGGCACCACGGUGAUGAGGAUGACAGCGUUUGAUGCAGAUGACCCGGCCACAGAUAAUGCUGCUUUACGCUACAACAUUAUCAAACAGUCUCCUGACAGACCCUCUCCAAACAUGUUCUACAUCGACCCGGAGAGUGGAGACAUUGUGACCGUCAUCUCCGCCAAGCUGCUCGACAGAGAGACUCUGCCUACGACAACGUACCAGCUGGAGAUUGUUGCCAAGGACAUGGCGGGCAGCGAGGUGGGUCUGACGGGGACAGCCACGGCCACCAUCACCAUCACAGACAAGAAUGACCACAGCCCGGAGUUCACACAUCCACUGUUUGAGGCGCAAGUGUACGAAGGAUGGACCGGAGUGAUUGUCAACCUGACAGUAGAUGACAGGGAUGAUCCUGCGACAGGGGCGUGGAGAGCUAUUUUCUCUAUAAUCAGCGGAGACCCCACCUCCAGCUUCGAGAUCCAGACAAACCCGGACGAUAAUGAGGGAAUGCUAUCUGUUGUCAAGCCUUUGGACUACGAGGCCACGGGAUUCCACACACUUCUCAUCAGAGUGGAGAAUGAAGAUCCUUUAGUGCCUGAAGUUGGAUACGGCCCCAGCUCCACGGCAACAGUGCAUGUGACAGUGAUGGACAUCAACGAGGGCCCAGUGUUCUUCCCAGACCCUCUCAUCGUCACCAUGAUGGAGAACAUCCCAGUGGGCAGCUUUGUGGCGUCACUCAAUGCCACAGAUCCAGACUUUUUACAAGGGCAGACCAUCAGGUAUGCAGUUUUGCGAGAUCCGGCAGGCUGGCUCAAUGUGAACCCGGUCAGAGGAAUUGUCAACACCACAGCUUCACUGGACCGAGAGUCUCAUUAUGUCCACGACAACAAAUACACAGCACUCUUCAUGGCCACAGAUAAUGGUAAUCCUCCAGCGACAGGCACGGGCACGUUGAUAAUCUACCUGGAAGACUAUAACGACAACGCCCCCUAUGUGGUGCCGUCGGUAGCGCGGGUAUGUGAAGAUGCCCAUGAUAUUAACGUGGCCAUAGUGGGAGGCAGAGACAAAGACCUACCACCCAACGGCGCCCCCUUCAAGAUAGAACUGGGAAAACAGCUGGGCCUAGACAACACAUGGAGAGUCACAAGAGUCAAUUCCACACACUCCCAGAUCAUGCUCUUGCACAGUCUGAAGAAAGCCAACUACCAGCUACCGUUGCUCAUCACUGACUCGGGGGUGCCCUCCAUGUCAAACAUCACAGAGGUCAAAGUUCAGGUGUGUGAGUGUAAGAAGAACAAGAUGCUGUGCAGUUCGGCCCAGUCCCACCACAGUAGCCCCAGCAGCUGGAGCCUAGCGGUGCUGCUGGGGACGCUGCUCAUCUCCAUGCCCUGCCUGUAGAUUCUGCUGAAAACCUCCCGUAGUCCCUUUUUUUGCAACAUCGGAAAGCAGCGACUUAUCUCCCCCUACGCAAACCCAGGCUUAGGAGAGCA